GGGCGGGCGAGGCUGGGAUGCAGGAUUCCCCAGCUCUCCGCCAAUCACACGCGCUCCUCAGGCCCGGGCUCCAGCCGCUGGCUGCGGCGGGCGCCGGGUCCGGCCGGGCUGCGGGCAGCGGCGUGGGGGGGAUGCGCUGAGCUUGCGGCAGGCGCGGAAGGAGCGCCCCGGGGCCGGGCCAUGGGCACGGUGCCGUCCGCGCUGAAGCACUGCCUCAGCUAUCAGCACCUCCUCAAGGAGCAGCUCUGGAUCGGGGAGCCGGCCGCGCCGCCGCCUGCUCUGCAUCCUGGGCAGGAAUUUCAAAUAUCUGGACUUCCUGACUAUGUUAAAAUUGUAGAAGUUGGACCAAGAGAUGGAUUACAAAAUGAAAAGGUUACAGUUCCCACAGAUAUCAAAAUUGAGUUAAUCAACCGACUUUCCAAAGCAGGCUUGUCUGUAAUAGAAGCAACCAGUUUUGUUUCAUCAAAGUGGGUACCUCAGAUGGCAGAUCACACAGAAGUAAUGAGAGGGAUUGAGCGGCACCCUGGGGUCCAAUAUCCUGUACUCACCCCUAAUCUUCAAGGUUUUCUUUCUGCUAUUGCAGCAGGAGCUACAGAGAUAUCAGUAUUUGGUGCAGCAUCUGAAUCUUUCAACAAAAUGAAUAUUAAUUGUUCCAUAGAAGAAAGCAUAGAAAAAUUUGAAGAAGUUACUAAAUCAGCAAGAAAUAUGAAUAUUCCAGUGCGAGGGUAUGUAUCCUGUGCAUUGGGAUGCCCGUAUGAAGGAAACAUCAUACCAGCUAAAGUGGCAGAAGUGUCAAAACAGCUGUAUAGCAUGGGCUGCUAUGAGAUCUCUCUGGGGGACACAAUUGGUGUGGGGACCCCAGGCAGCAUGAAGAGAAUGUUGGAAGCUGUUAUGAAGGAAAUUCCAGUGAGUGCUCUUGCUGUUCACUGCCAUGACACGUAUGGCCAGGCUUUAGCCAAUAUCCUCACAGCCAUACAGAUGGGAGUUGGUGUUGUGGACUCUGCUGUGGCUGGAUUAGGUGGCUGUCCAUAUGCGAAAGGUGCUACUGGAAACGUAGCUACGGAGGAUGUUCUAUACAUGCUUAAUGGGUUAGGGAUAAAUACGGGAGUGAAUCUUUACAAGGUGAUGGAAGCUGGUAACUUCAUCUGCACGGCUUUGAACAAGAAAACAAAUUCUAAAGUUGCACAAGCUUCCUUCAAAGUUUGAACUGUAAAUUAAAAUGUUCUUUCUGCAAAUUAAUUCACAUGCAAUAUGUCUUGUCCAAGAGCAUUUAUAUAAAGAAAAUCAAUUGCAAAACCUUUUCAGUCAAGAAAAGAAAGCAUGCUAUAGCUGUUCUUUAUUGAAAGAGUAACUGUGCGUUAGAAUAAUACAUCUUGCCAAAUGUUACUUUUGGGAAACAAUACAUCGUUGCAAAUAAUAAAUAUAAUGUCUAUCAAUACAAAUUCAUGUACUUGAUACUUUUAAAAGUAAGGAAAUCAGCACUUUACUGUCUAUUUAAAUGGCCUUUUAGCUUGCUUUAGACAAAAUUAAUUACAGCGUUCCACAAAAAGUGAAUACAUUGUUACUUCUUAAUCAAGCUGACUUUUAGUACAGUACAAAUAUUUGAAGUAGUUUAUGAGAUCCCACAUUGUGUGUGGCCUGGCUAUUAUGUGUGUUAUUUCUCUGAAUCUCCACUUUCCAUUUGCCGAGUCAAUUAUGUUAUGAACGUGGAACCCAAUCUAAAUUUACUGUAAGUACUUUUUAGCAAUAGCACUUUUGUAUUUUUACAGUGGUUAACAUCUGUUAAGUAUAUGAAUGACUUUGUCUUGUUCCAAGAAUUUGUGACAAAUGGCAGCCUGCCAUAUCCCCCAAAUCUAGCGCACCUCUCAUAUUUGUUAGAGACAUUAAACUCAUUGUAGUUGCUUUUUUCAUCAGCUGUUUUUAAAACCUGAUUAAUUAUAUCAAGCAAUGAAAAGAA